CAGAUGAUGAGCGAAAGCAGGAGGAGGAGGAGCGAGGAGGCAGGCGCUCACAGGAGAAAUCAGCGACAGCAGCCAGCAGGACAAUGGGCUGCCUGCGCUCCGGCUCAUAACGGGAACCGGGUUGGCUUCAACUAACUGGACCAGCAGGAUGGGAAUGUAAAACAGCAGCAGGAUGUGGCCCCCCUUAUCCCUGUUAAUCUACGCUUCACCCGGGGGCUUUUGACUGACCAAAAAUGAUGAAGACCGAGCCCCCAUCGGCCACGGGGGGGAACGGGGCCUCCGGUGGGAACAACGGGGGCUCCAAUCUGCGUAGUCCGUCGCCUCACCGCAACGCCUACGAGGCGGGGCUGGCGGCGCUGAAGAAGGCCACCGACCACCUCAACAAUGCCGCCAAUGGAGCGCCCAACCCCGGCUCCAAACCCCCCCUCCUGCCCCGCCCGACCGGCCGGGACAAGCGCUAUGGAUCCAACGUCCACCGCAUCAAGAACAUGUUCAUGCAGAUGCAGUCUCCAGGCGAUGAAGAGGAGGGUGCCAAAAUGCUAGGCAGGGAGGAGGCACUGAAGCUGUCUAUUCCUAGGGCCUCUAGUCUCAAUGAGAACGUCAACCACAGCGCCUUGCUGAAACUUGGGGAUCCGGCCUCAGAGCGAGCCCACAGGUCUGACUCUAAAACGGGCGCAGACAGUGCAAGCUCCUCCUUCGGUCUAUCCAAGCUCCAGGAGACCAGGAGGAUGUUUGAACUACGGACACAGCAGGAGAAGCAAGCCGCCACCAACCGCAUAUUGCUGAAGAAGGAGCGGGCCUCGGGCUUUCAGGGCAGCCGUCUAGAUGUUGUGGCCCGCUUCAACGGCUCCACCGAAGCUCUAGAUCGACUGGAUGAUCCUCCGGCCCCCGGUCCCGCCGCGGUCAACUCGGCUGCAGCUCCGGGGGGCCCUGGUGAGGCGGUUAGCCCCACGGUGAGCCAGCUCAGCGCGGCGUUUGAAAAAGGCGACGUGCGAAACAAUCUCUACCUCCCCCAGCGCAGGUCGGCCCCUGCCUUGGCGCCAAAACCCAAACCUCCAGCCCGAGCAGAUGCGGCUGAAAAAAAGGCGCAUCCUGUCGGCAAGGAGGCCAAAAGGGAGGCAGCAGCAGAAGCUGCAAGCGUCAUGGCAGCUCAGCCGGCAGAAGCGGCAGGUUCUGGACAAAGGAGCACUGCGGGACAGGCUACAGGUCAAGAGACGGAUGGCUUUGGACCUUCAAGAGACCACUACUUAAGUUCAUCGGCGUCUUCGAUCACCGUGACUGUAACGUCUGCCUCAUUUGAGGCCAAGUCUGAACCCGGUGCCCAGGAGGAAGGAGCUGAAGAGAUGGGCACGGCUCUGGUGGAGUCCCAGGCCAGAGAAAAGGACGUCUCCACCGAAGCAUCAGGGGGGACGCUGGUGCAGGCGGAGGUUCACGCCUCGCUGGAAAAGGGAGAGAAAGAGCCUCCGCCUUCCGCUCCUUCCUCCGGGGAGAAAGGAGAGGACUCUGAAUGGAGGGAAAAGGAAGAGGACGAGAACGACGAGGACGGCUCGCGCCGGGAGGAUUACUCCGAGGGAGAUCUGGUAGACAUCAGCGCGUACAGCGGCAUCGGCGAGGAGGAUUCAGGGGGAAGCCAGCUGGACGACGAGGACGACGACGAAGAGGACGAGGAGGCGUACCAGCCGGAGAGCAGUUGCUCUGAAAUGCCCGGCCUGCCCGAGGAAGAGGAAGCUCCGCCUCCCAGCAGAAAGAUUCGCUUCAGCACAGAACCAAUCAAGGUCUUCACCACCUACUCUAAUGAAGACUACGACCGGCGCAAUGAUGACGUUGACCCCAUGGCUGCCUCAGCCGAGUAUGAGCUUGAAAAGAGAGUUGAGAAGCUGGAUUUGUUUCCUGUUGAGCUGGAGAAAGACAGUGAUGGCCUGGGCAUCAGCAUCAUCGGCAUGGGAGCAGGAGCUGAUAUGGGCCUGGAGAAACUGGGGAUCUUCGUGAAGACUGUCACUGAGGGUGGAGCUGCUCACAGAGACGGAAGGAUCCAGGUGAAUGAUCUGAUAGUGGAGGUUGAUGGGACCAGUCUGGUUGGUGUCACUCAGAGCUUCGCUGCCUCCGUCCUCCGCAACACCUCAGGCACAGUCAAGUUUGUUAUUGGCAGGGAGAAGCCGGGGGAGCAGAGCGAAGUGGCUCAGCUGAUCCAGCAGACUCUGGAGCAGGAGAGAUGGCAGAGAGAGAUGAUGGAGCAGAGAUACAAACAGUACAUGGACGAGGAUGAGGAGACUGGCGAAUAUGCUACAGACGAGGAGGAGGAAAUGAGUCCCAUGUUUCCCAACUCCAUUGAGGUUUUUGACCUGGCAGAGAACCAGGACACGCUGUCUCCCGUGGAGCUGGACCCUGAGAAGUUAGCCCACAAAUUCAAGGAGCUCCAGAUUAAGCACGCAGUAACGCAGGCAGAGAUCCAGCUGUUAAAGAGGAAGCUGGCUCAUGCCGAGCAGGAUAAGCUGCGUUGGCGGAUGGAGCGCGCUCAGUUGGAGCAAAACAUCAGAGACAGCAAGGAGAGGAUGGAGAAGCUCGAGGGCUACUGGAUGGAGGCGCAAUCCCUGUGUAAGGCCGUGGAUGAACACCUGAAGGAGACCCAGGCCCAGUACCAAACACUAGAGAGGAAAUACAACAAAGCCAAGAGAAUAAUUAAAGAAUACCAGCAAAAGGAAAUUGAGUACCUGAAAAAGGAGACCGCUCAGCGGCGUGCACAAGAAGAGUGCGAGGCGACACACAAAGAAGAGACGGACAACCUGCAGGAACAGAUAACAGACCUGGAGACCAAAGUGGAUGCCUUGAAGAGCCCUACACCAUCCUAAACUGCUGCUACGUCCUACCUCCUGUCUGUGACCAGAAGAGGACAUGCUCAGCCUACAUUCAAGACCAGGCCUAUGUUAAACUGCAAUUACCCAUUUUCUGCACGGACAGACCGUCAAAAAAACUAAACUGGCAAACGUAAUAAGAGAGGCUGAGGAGGAAGCGACCCCUCAUCCUUUCCCAGAAUGCACCACCUAUAAUAACCGGAAUCCUCCUUUUUUUGUGUCUUCCUGUCAACCAGCUUGGCAAUCAACAAAAACCACAAUCACUUGACUCCUUCCCCAUCUGUGGAUGACCUGUUGUUGUUUUUUUUCUUUUUCCCCUCCCCUCAUCAACAGUCUCUUACCAGGUUCUAAUCAUAAUUACAUUUUUUUAAAGCGCUUUUAAUACCCAGGCUCGUCACAAAGUGCUUUAUAGACAGUGGGCAUGAAUGCGGAACGAGAGAGAACAAAGGACAAAUGAUUGUUGCUUGUUGAACUCAGUGAACCACGUGUUUUGCUUCUUUCUUUUUUUCCCCCCCACCCGGGGAGCUCUGGGGAGGAUCCUUAUGAAGGGGACGAGUUCUUCUUCAGUUCUUUGGCAGCGAUCUAUUGACUCAACGGCUGCUGAGACGAAUGGUCUGCUAAACUGGCCAAUGAACAGACAGAGAAUCUUGCUAGGAAAACUUUACACAACGUUUAUACGGAAAAAGCCAAAAGACCGCUGGUAGUUAAGUAAUAAAUACAAUAAAAAAAAAAAGACGCAUUUCUCAUCAAAACCUGUGAAACUGCAGAGAGCCUUGGAAACCCGUGUCUGUGGUUUCCCUCCUUCAGCCUACACUAGGAUAGGGUGUGAGCUGCAGAGGCACGAUGGUGUAUAUACUCUCUAUACAUUUAUUUAAAAGCUUCUAAAUGGCUGAGGCAGUUCAGUGGAUCAGCUAGAUGAGAAUAAAGCUGUGCCAUGACGGGAAUGAUGACCCCCUCACUGCUGGGAGGGGGGCGGGGCUUCAGUAUUUCUCUGUUUCAUCUCCUUUCUAUCGACAUCAGUGGCAAACAGGGUGUGAGCGGUCGUAUUCUGUGUGGGUAAAGCUUCUUCUGGUGUAUGUUGUUGGUGUCUGCAGUAUCUGUGGGCUUACAGGCACACCAGCCUCCGGCUCUUCAUUCAUUUAUGUAACGCCGUUUGAGCUGCUGCUGCUGCUGCAGGGGCAGCUUGUUAUCAGGUUUCAGAAAUAUCCCUCUCUCAAGCCCAGCUCAGUGGCAUUCUGAGUUUUAUGCUGAGCUGGGAAUAUUCGGUUUACUCCCACACUCAGAUUUACGUUGCUCAAAACAUUUCACAGUUGCAGAUUUGCUGCAAAUAAUAGAUAUUUUCUUUGCAAAAAUAAUUCUGCAUAGAGUGUCAACACCCCUGGGGUUAAGAAUAUACACCUUUGUCAGAUAAUUCAAGGGAAUUUCCACACCUUAUUUUUUAUGUGUCCCGGAUAAUUCAACUAAAACCAAACAAAUUUAAUAAAGGGAAACGUAUAAAAAUGAAAGAGUUGCAACAACCUGGUUUCAUACAUGUGCACUGUCAUAAGCUAAUAUUUUUUUGAUUCAAUUUAAUCCAACUGGUUAAUCUGAAAUAAAGUGCAGCUGUCCUUGCAGCAUUGUUCUGACAUUCCAUCCUUUGCAUCCUUGUGCUAAAGCCAGAGUUCACUGGGAAGUUACAAGGAAUGAAAAGGAUCUCGUUGUACGAAGGUACCAGUCCAUGACAUUACCGAUAGAGCGUGGCACAGUGAAGGCAGGGAGGUAUAACUGGACAAAAUGGGGGACAUUACAACAACUAAACAUUUAUUGGGAAAAAGAUGAGACUGAAACUGGUCAUGGAGGUUCUCAAGUGGCAGACAGCAACACUGACGGAGCUCCAGGAAUGUCCAACAACCAGUGGUUGUGUUCUACGUGUGACAACUAUCUCCUGUAUUCCCCACAUGUCUGAGCAAAGGAGGAGGCUUUUCUUCUAAAGAAAACACCCGGUCCGGCUAAAAAUUGCCCAAAAUUGAGGAGAAACUACAUUUGAACUUUUGGGUUCUAAUUCCAACGGGUAUGCUCGUCACGAACACAACACCGCAUGUGACCAAAAGAACACCAUACCAACAGGGAAACACGGUGGUGGCUGUUUCAUGAUCCUGAGUUACUUUUCGUCAGCUUGAACCGAAGGUGGAUUGUCGAGGUGGAUCCGGUUGUGAACAGAACCAGUCGGUGUUGGCUCAGGACCGUCCGGUGUCUGCAAGAAAGCUCAAGAUGAAGAAGGAUUUCAUUUUUUCAGCGUCACUGUGGCUCCAAGUGUGCAUCCAAAUCAACAACAACAAAAAAAGACUUCACCAAAGGAAAACUGAAGUUUAGGAUUUGAAUUCCAGAGUCCAGAACUAAAUCUGACAGAAAAUCGUUGGGGUCAGCUGAAAUUGGCUGCAGACAAGAGAUGUUUUCACAUUCUGAUAGAUUUGGAGAAUUCUUCCGAAGUACCCCGGGUAAAUAUUGUCAAGUCAAGACGUGGGACGCUGAUAGUCUUCUACCAAAAAAGACCUAAUGACGAAAAAGAAUCAAAACGGGGGGUGCACAAUGGUACACCUGGGUUAUUGCAUCUUUAUUAUUUUUCAUUGUUAUCCUUCAGACAUAUUAGUUUUUUUAAUUGAAUUGUGAGUGAUAAAUGUCACAAUAUAUACGUGCAAAAGGUUCUGAAAUGAUUUAUCAUGGCCCCAUUUUUCUCCAUGAAGCCUGCCUUUUUAGCUGCCUUUUUAGCUUGUAUGCACACUAUCUAGAGCCACUGUAAGUAAAAAUUGUUACUGAGAAAGGUCUGCAUCCAUUCCAUAGCCAUGCACUAGAAACAUCUGGUCAGUAAUACAGAUUUUGUUUAAAGAAAAAAACACAAUUUUUGAAUAAUGUUCUCCUGUACUGCUUCUUCACUGGCUCCUACCAAGCUGCUUUAAUCAUCUUUAAGCAUGUUUUUUAAACAGUCAUAAAAUUACAAGCUGAUUCUUAAACCAAAUCGUCAGUAUCCUUCCUGGUAGGAGAACCGCAGAUUACCUCCAAUGUUCAGCUGAUGAUAUGAACAAAAGCUCAUAAAAGCAAAGUAAACAGUAAUUAACCACUUUUUCUAAAAACAAAAAUAGUAUUGUCCAAGUGCAACAUGGCAAUACUAGCAGAUAUGUGUUGUAACUAUUAAACAAGUUUAAAUAAACCCAUAUCCAAAAAGUAUUAAAUACCAAAAACCUAAAUGCUGCCAGUUGUCUAGUUUGAAGCAAUAGCUCUAAUUUUCCCAGCCAUUAUUUACAUAUGGGGCCCCUGUGCAUAGGAAAAGCAUUGAAUAAUAGGCCCCAGAUGGGGUUAUCCAAGGUUUACAAGAUAACCUCAUGUUUAUUAACUACACCGUUUUUAGACGGCACAACUCUGGAUAAAAAGUGGAACCCAUAUUGGUCCUAAAUGUGUUGUCCAAAUUCACCUGAUUUUCUUAAAGCCUAUUUCAGACCCUGCUAAGACCUAGAUUUUGUGUCCACAUGUUUUGGCCAAAACAGGUGGUGUUUAGUUAACCCAAAUGAGUUCCAUAUAAAAAGCCCAUUGUAGGCUCACAUAGGACCCACCCAACCUGAGUAAAAUCCAUGUGGGUCACACUCUCACAUGCACAUUAGUUGGGUUUUUUGGUGUAGUGCUCUAUCGAGGGUUAUAAGCUGUCAAUAUCUUACCUGCAGUAGAUUAUUCCCUUAGCAUCUUUACCUCAAUACGUUUUUUAUGGCUAGCCACAGUUGGCCCAAGAGGUAAACAAAAUUCUACCAUCAUGAAACAACUUGAAUAUGCCGUAACGGUUCGUGCAAAUAACUAUAGACUCCUAUGUAAAUUAUCGUAGGCCCUAUAUUGUAUGUAAUUACUACAGGUAAGAUACAGACUGCUGAUAACCCCUUCAAUGAAACCUGCUUGAAAAAUCUGAAUUAUUUCUUGAAAAGAUCCGUUUCUCGUUUCGAUUAUUGGUUGUAGUGUUAAAAAUGCCUACGGACGAACAUUUUUGAACAGACUUGAGUAUACUUUAACAGACAAAUGGUAACAUCCUUUUGCAUUUCAAUAUUUAAACAUUUAGUGUAAAAACAGGUUGAAAUUGAGCCCCCUCAAAACUACCGUCCAAAUUUGUGGAUUAAUUUACAGAACAUGUAAGGUGCUCAUAACGCUGAGUAACGAACUGUUGAGCUCAGUAAACCCGAUAUUAUUUCAGCAUGCCGUGUUGAGUUCCUGCAUGUAGCUGAGCUUAGCUAGCCUGCAUGUUGCUACAAGACAAACAUGCUAGUAGCAAAUGAUUUCAUUUCUGGGGUAACAAACUGCAGCUGUCACAAAAAAUGGCAUCUAAUAGUUUCUUUAUGUUCACAUUUAAAUUCAUAUAUGUCCUUAGUCGUUAGCUAUCAACACUUAUGUAAAAUGCCGUCUAAAAAUGACUUUAAAUCCAUUUUUGAACCAACAAUUGUCUUUUCCCGUUAGCUAGUUACGUCUUAUGGUAACAGGACUAACAAUUCUUUAUCUUGAUUUUUUGAAUCAGUAACAUCCCUUACCCACUAACUGGUAAAACCUCAUUAUGCUAACAGGCAUCUAAAUACUAUGUUUUAUCUAUUUUGGAAUAAGUAUCCAUCCUUAGCCGCUAGCUAGAAAAACAUAUUAACCUAACGGACCAUGGUGGUUUCAUUUUUGGGUCACAUUAGUUUGGGGAAACCUUGAUGAAGCACCCGUGUGUAUUCUCCAGAAAAUCCUGUGCGUGUAAACACUCUAUCGUUAGGGUUAAAAUUAGACAAUCCCUGUGCCAGUGUUCAGCCUCCGGAGCUCGAUUCUGUGAUAACUACAUGAAAGAGGGAAAUAAGGUCGCUUUUAGGAACCCUCUGGUGGCGUCUCAAGCGUAUUCCCAUGGUUGUUAAAAAAAGAACAAAAACUGUCUGUGUUCUGAUAAAUGGAAAACAGAUGCUUGCAGUAUUCAAAAUCGUGCACUAAGAGAUAGUCGUUUGAAAUGUUGAGUCACUUAGCUUCUUAAAUGCUGAGAAUAGACUAAUGGGCCUUGUCACACUGCUGUUACAGUACAGUCUGUAUGUUUUUACAGUUAUAUAUAUAUAUAUAUAUAUAUAUAUAUAUAUAUAUAUAUAUAUAUAUAUAUAUAUAUAUAUAUAUAUAUAUAUAUAUAUAUAUAUAUAUAUAUAUAUAUAUAUAACUGUCCAGAUGUUACGGUAUCCACUGGCGAUUAGUUAUUUGUGCGGAUUGUCAAACGGUGCUUUAGGACGGUGUAGAAGCAUUAGAUGGAGUUGCUGCUGUCUAUAAGAGCAGCAGGUUUCUUGUUUGUUUUUUAAAAUCAUGAAUGUGUUUAUCUGGAUAAAUAUAGCUUGCUGGCAAGCUCUGAUGAGGACACGUUACUGUCAGUACAGUAAGAAAUUUCACUAGGCCCAUUUUGUUUCAAAUGAAUUAAAUCUGUUCUUUUUUUCUGUUUGACAUUUACAAAAAUGUUCUGAAAUCAUAAAUAUGUCAGUAAAGGAGUUCUCCCUCUUCUAAUAUCCAACGAUACAAAAGUCAAAAACACAUAUUUACAGCUAGGUAUUUGCUUUAAAGAUCCUUACAGUAGAAAAAGUGAUAUUGUAGUAUUCGUGUGUGUUUUCAGAGACUUUAGGUGACAUGCUUGCUUAAGCAAAGAACAGUUGGGGAAUUUAGAUAGAAAUGGGACUAUGACCGUCAUAUUUCUCUUUGACUACUUUUUUUUUUUUGUUGUUGUCAAGGAGAGACUCCACACUUGCUGUACACGACGUACACAGUUGGGAUUUUGUAACUAUUUACACCAAGUAUUUGUUAAGAGAACUGCAGUAAUGUUUAAGUAUUAGUCGUGCUGGAUGGGAACAAAAUGUGUUCGAGAGAAUUUCUUUUUUUUAAUAGAAUGAAAAUCAGCCAUAAGCAACUCACUUGAGUCCUGUUAUGUCUUUAGUAUUUUUAUUACAGUUUCAUCUCUAUUUUGAACUAAUGUGAGCUGUACAAUAGCCGUUGUAUCACCAAAAUCGUGGUCACUUUGGGUUUAACGUCUAAACACAGAAAGUGAUCAGUUUGCCUUUUAAUGAUGUAUUAGUUAACAUGCUGCUUUUGCCUCUAUGAAGCCUUUACAUGUGUUUUAACCGAAGCUGUCGGCCAUGACCCGUCAUUGUCUGCCCAUUGCUCAUGUCUGCAUUGAAAACGAUAAACUGAAUAAAAUGAAUCAAAUGAA